AUGGACGGAAUGAUGUCCACGUCCUCCGGGCUCUCCUACCACCAUGGAGGGGACUUCUACCCCAGAAAGCUCGGGCCGAAGCCCGACGUGGUGCCGUCGGGGGUGACGGAGAGGAAGGUGGGCCCGCUGGACAAGCCCGACAUGGUGUCUGUGGACGUGCUCAACCUGAAGGAAGCAGAUGUCCCCAUGCACCGGAAGAAGCUGGAGCACGACACCUACGUCCUGGGAACGAUUCACCCGUUCAGGAGGACGCACAGAUCCAUCACUGGGAAACUCCUGCAGGAGUUCAGGCUGGUGUCCUCGGACAGGCGGUCGUGGAGGAUCCUGCUGUUCGGGGCCCUCAACCUGCUGUGCACCGGCUGUCUGCUGAUGUGGUGCAGCUCCACCAACAGCAUGGCUCUGACUGCCUACACCUACCUCACCAUCUUCGACCUCUUCAGCUUGAUCACCUGUCUCAUCAGCUCCUGGGUCACCAUGAAGAAGCCCAGUCAGGUCUUCUCCUUCGGGUUUGAGAGGCUGGAGGUUUUGGCAGUGUUCGCUUCCACGGUGCUGGUCCAGCUGGGAGCUUUGUUCAUUCUGAAGGAAAGUGUGGAGCGCUUCAUGGAGCAGCCUGAAGUCCAUACUGGUCGUCUUCUGGUCGGGACAUUCGUAGCUCUUUUCUUCAACCUGCUGACGUUGCUGUCGGUCAGAAACAAGCCGUUCUCCUACGUCUCUGAAGCGGCGAGCAGCAGUUGGCUUCAGGAACACGUUGCAGAUCUCAGUCGAAGUUUGUGCGGCAUCGUUCCGGGUCUGAGCAGCGUCCUGCUGCCCCGCAUGAACCCCUUCGUCCUGAUCAACAUGGCCGGCGCGCUGUCGCUCUGCAUCACGUACAUGCUCAUCGAGAUCAAUAACUACAACGCGGUGGACACGGCGUCCGCCGUCGCCAUUGCUCUCAUGACGUUCGGCACCAUGUACCCCAUGAGUGUGUACAGUGGGAAAGUUCUGCUGCAGACCACGCCGUCUCACAUUAUCGGACAGCUGGACAAACUGCUCAGAGAGGUGUCCACGUUAGACGGAGUCCUCGAGGUUCGAAACGAACAUUUCUGGACCAUCGGCUUCGGUUCUCUGGCUGGCUCCGCCCACGUCCGAAUCCGCCGCGAUGCUAACGAGCAGCUGGUCCUGGCUCACGUCACCAACCGGCUGCUGCCGCUCGUCUCCACGCUGACCGUCCAGAUCUUCAAGGACGACUGGACCCGCCCCCUGCUGACCGGCGCCCUGUCCUCCUCCUCCUCCUCCUCGCCCUCGUCCUCCGCCGCGCCCCCUGUGGGCGUGGCCGAAGGCUACGCCCUGUCCUCCUCCUCGCUGCCUCCUCUGCUGCUGGACCCGCUGACCUCCACGCCCUCCAAGCUCAGCAGCCCUCCUCCGGAGUUCGCCUUCGACACCCCGGGGCGGAACGUGCAGCCGGUGGUGCUGCCGGCGCCGGGGCACCACGCCCACCACGCCCAGCGGCCCUACGGAGGCCUGGGACUCUCCUACGGAGCGCCGCCCUAUGCCGGGGUGCUGGGUCAGGGGCUGGCCCGGCCCGGCGGCGGACUGGGACUGGGCGUGCCGGGUCUGGGCUCCGGGGCCGGGUUCGGACUGGCCCCCUCUCAGAGCUACAGGACUGCCCUGGGAGGACCGACAGCCCCGCUGCGAUUUGGAACCAGCAACCCUCUUUCUGCACAGUCACAGUACCGACAGUACCGACCCUGAUGAACCCGCUCCGGUUCUCCGGCUCUCCUGUUCCUCCAGUCGCUUCGUUUCUCGGGAUUUCUGUCGUGGUCGUUUCAGACUAAAGAUGUUUCCUCCUGACUUCAGUUUUCGGUGUUCGAUCCUUCGAGUCUCCGCUGGCUUCAGAGCAGAGACUGAUAUUUAUUUAGCUAACGGGACCAAAAGUGACUCAAGUCACGUUUGUCUUUUUGUUUUGUUUCUUUCGUUUCGUUCUGUCUUUUUUUUUUUGUAAUUGUUUUAGGAAACCGUUCUGAGAAGUUUGAGACUUUUGCGCAGCGAGUGUUCGUCAGACAGCUAAUUAGCAACAAAUGUGUAACAGAGCUGCAACGCCCGGCUGGUGACCCUGAAAAACAUCUCCACCAUUCAGUAAGGUCAGCGUUAAGGCUGAUAAACAACCAAAAGACCAGUCAUCAUCAGCGGAUGAAGCCCCCCAUGAAACAGGAUUCAUAAUUACCAGUGGAGCUCCUCAGGGUUCAGCUGUGGGCCCUUUAUUUUUUAAUCUUGAUUCCAUUAGUUUUAUUGAAUGUAUUUGACUUGGAGCAGUUGGACAGGUUUGGACCAACUGAUGAAGAAAAGCUUGAAAUUAAUCUGAUUGCUUUUUUUUUUUUUUUUUUUUUUUCAUAUUUUUUGGGUCAUUUGAGAGUUAAAACACAGAAACACUAAACCGAUUCUUCAACAACACAUGAAACUGGAAACAUUCCAACCUGCAGACACAUUCACAGCUUCAACGGUUACAUCUUUCUCUUACCAAAACCUUGACGUGGAAAUAUUCCAACAGAUAUUUCCUGUUUUUGAUUGUUUUCAUCCUUGUGGCAUCUCGAAAAGAUGACAAUUCAGCUUUUGUAUUUCACUCAUAUAGACUUGAAAUAUUUGGGAUAGUUGUGAUAAUUGAGGCCUUGAGUUUGAAAGGAAAUCUUCCAAUAGUUAAACAUUUGGGGAUGCUGUAUUUUUAUUUUCCUGACUUUAAAGCUCAACAGGAUGAAUUGAGUGAAUGUUUUAGUUCGUGUGGUACAUUUUGAUGACCGUUUUCUUACUUUAUCCAGUUGAUUUCUCUGUGAAAUGUGCCUGUAAUCCUGUAAUCUGAGUUGAAUCUGGUGGUUUCUUCAUGUUGCAGCUCUGCAGACGUCACCUCUGUGGAAUCAGUGAAGCAUUUUGGGAUUUUUUUACGCUGCUGGAAGUGGAAGUCGUUUCUGUUUUUAUGCUUUAUUUUACAGCCUGGCGUCAGGCAGAGGGUCAGGAGACAGGCUGAAGCUUCCUGACGUUUGGAAGCGCUUCAGGUGAAGGGUUGAUGAGGCCUUCGGUCUGAUUCCAGGCGUCUUGAUUCAAACUGUCUCGGUUAUUAAAAAUCCGCUCCUGAACGAGA